AGUCUGGCAACAUUGUCCAUUUGUUUGUGUGGUUUCACUAUCAGCUGUUUAUAACUAAACAAUAAAAAUGGAAGAAAAACUCAUUCAAUUCGUCAGCCAAAAUAGGUUUUUGUUCGACAAAUCGCGAGAGCAAAAAUUGCAGGAGCGUUCCAGUAAACUGAAUAUUCCAGCUGAAAAGUUAAAAUCUCGCUGGCGCACUUUACGUGAUAAAUUUUACAAAGACAUCAAAAAGAAACCAUCUGGAAGCGGUGUGGAUUCUCCCCACAAAAAGUGGAAACGGUUGGACAGUUUAAGGUUUUUAAAAGAUGUGAAAAUGGACAAUUUAAAUACUCACGGAAAUUAUGGAGAAGUGGAAGAAAUUUUAGACGAAGACGACUCUUUUCUUUGCGGGGAUUUUGCUGAAAGUAUUUUCAACUCCAAUAAUACGGAAUCGCAACUCUCCUCACAAACUCCAAAAACGACAGCACGCAGAAGAAAUACAGAAGAAGAUAGCUCUUUCCCUAGCGGAGAUUUUGGUGAAAGCAUUUCCAUUUCCAACAACGCGGCAUUGCAGAACUCCUCACAAACAUCAACACCGCCAGGACGUAAAAGAAAAAUAGAAGAUAUAAUUGAAAGCGCAAACAAAGACUUCAAAAAAGUUACAUCCUUGGCUGAAAAUAUGCUAGUGGGUGGUGUAAAUAAAUCUUCCAUUCACCUCUUUUUUGAGGGCCUUGCUGUACAAGCGGAAGGGGCUAAUUUGACAAGCAUGGAACUGUCAGCUCUCCAACUGCAAAUGUGUAAAUCAUUUCACCAAUUUAUGGAAAAUAGAAACACUUAAGCUUUUUGUGUAUUUUUUAUUAAAUAAAUUAAAUUUAAUUUAA